UGAGGUUCUCCGGAGUCAGGGAGCCUGUGAAUCCGAGAACCUGGCGGCGGUUCAACGACCCCGCCCUCGGGGUCCCCAGGGGGCACCUUCUGGCGAGCUCGAUUGUCUGGAGCGAAGGCGCCGGGCGAGCAGCGAGUGAGAGGGCCUGGGGCCGGGGACACGAGGCCCAGAGCAAACCCCCGGCCCCUCCUGGGCUCCCUGUGGGUGGAAACUUCCCGGCUGCGAGCAGAGCGCGGGAGGGGGGCGGCGGGGCGGCGGUUCCCCUCGCGGCGGCGGAGAACCGUGCCCGCGAGGCUCCGGGCGCGCGGCGAGCGCGGCGGCCGCCGCCUCCUCCCUUCCCCGCCUCCGCCGCGCUGCCUCCUCCCUCCGCCCGGCUCGGCCUCCCUCGCACCCUCCCCUCGUGGCUGGCUCCGGCGGCGGCGGCGGCGGCGGCGGCGGCGGGCGGGGAGGGCGUGCGCGGGCCGAGAGGUGUCGGCUGCGAGGGAAGGGAAGUUUCAAGUGGAAGGUCGUCGGCGGGCCGGUGCGUCCUCCCGCUCUCCUCCGGCAGCAUCAUGGCGGAGCCCAGCGGUUCUCCCGUGCACGUCCAGCAGCCCCAGCAGGCGGCCCCGGUGACAGCGGCGGCGGCGGCGGCGACGGUGGCGGCCCCGGCAUCCGCGCCCGCAGGACCGGCCCCGGCGGCUCCCGCGGCUCCGGGCCCGACCUCCGCGGCGCAGGCGGUCGGCUGGCCCAUCUGCAGGGACGCGUACGAGCUGCAGGAGGUUAUCGGCAGUGGAGCUACGGCUGUGGUGCAGGCCGCGCUGUGCAAACCCAGGCAAGAACGCGUAGCCAUAAAGCGGAUCAACUUGGAAAAAUGCCAGACCAGUAUGGAUGAACUCUUAAAAGAAAUUCAAGCCAUGAGUCAAUGCAGCCAUCCCAACGUAGUGACCUAUUACACCUCUUUUGUGGUUAAAGAUGAACUUUGGCUGGUUAUGAAAUUGCUAAGUGGAGGUUCAAUGCUGGAUAUCAUAAAAUACAUUGUCAACAGAGGAGAACACAAGAAUGGAGUUCUGGAAGAGGCAAUAAUAGCAACAAUUCUUAAAGAGGUUUUGGAAGGCUUAGACUAUCUACACAGAAAUGGUCAAAUUCAUAGGGAUUUGAAAGCUGGUAAUAUUCUUCUUGGUGAGGAUGGUUCAGUACAAAUAGCAGAUUUUGGGGUAAGUGCAUUCUUAGCAACGGGGGGUGACGUAACCCGGAAUAAAGUAAGAAAAACAUUUGUUGGCACCCCGUGUUGGAUGGCCCCUGAAGUCAUGGAGCAGGUGAGAGGCUAUGACUUCAAGGCUGACAUGUGGAGUUUUGGAAUAACUGCCAUUGAAUUAGCAACAGGAGCAGCUCCUUACCACAAAUAUCCUCCUAUGAAAGUGUUAAUGUUGACGUUGCAAAAUGAUCCACCCACUUUAGAAACCGGAGUGGAGGAUAAGGAAAUGAUGAAAAAGUACGGCAAGUCCUUUAGAAAAUUGCUUUCACUGUGUCUUCAGAAAGAUCCUUCCAAAAGGCCCACAGCAGCAGAACUUUUAAAAUGCAAAUUCUUCCAGAAAGCCAAGAACAGAGAGUACCUGAUUGAGAAGCUGCUCACAAGAACACCAGACAUAGCCCAAAGAGCAAAAAAGGUAAGAAGAGUUCCGGGGUCAAGUGGUCACCUUCAUAAAACUGAAGACGGUGACUGGGAGUGGAGUGACGACGAGAUGGAUGAAAAAAGUGAAGAAGGGAAAGCAGCCUUUUCUCAAGAAAAGUCACGAAGAGUAAAAGAAGAAAAUCCAGAGAUCGCGGUGAAUGCCAGCAGCAUACCUGAGCAAAUCCAGUCUCUCUCAGUGCAAGAUUCUCAGGGCCUACCAAAUGCCAAUGAAGACUACAGAGAAGCUUCUUGUGCUGUGAACCUCGUUUUAAGAUUAAGAAACUCCAGGAAGGAACUUAAUGACAUAAGAUUUGAGUUUACUCCAGGAAGAGAUACGGCAGAUGGUGUUUCUCAGGAGCUCUUCUCUGCUGGCUUGGUUGAUGGUCAUGAUGUAGUUAUAGUGGCUGCUAAUCUACAGAAGAUUGUAGAUGAUCCCAAAGCUUUAAAAACACUGACAUUUAAGUUGGCUUCUGGCUGUGAUGGGUCAGAGAUUCCUGAUGAAGUGAAGCUGAUUGGGUUUGCCCAGUUGAGUGUCAGCUGAUGUAUGUCAUUUUGAGUUCACGAUGGUGUGUCAUGUCCCUCUCACAACACUCCUCCUGUCAACUUCCCCCACCUUCCUCCCACCCCCACACUCCCAGUUCCCAGCAAAAUCAGAAAGAAGAUUGUGAAGAGGUCAGCUUUGACAAAAUGGGGUGGGGGUGUUUGUUUGUUUGUUUUUUUGUUUUUAACUUCCAGCACUGCGAGUUCUGCUUUAUUCUCUAGCAAUCCACAGUAUGAGAACAAGCAAAUGCCACAGCUGCACGACUGUUGCUAACUUUUCCAAAAGCUAUUUAAUAUUCUUAGCAAUCAAUUCGAAUAUCCCUUAAGUGAAAAGAAUCUGAAAUACACUCAGGUGGUCCUAUUCAUUGGCAAAAGGAUUUUUUUUUCUUUAUCAGAAGCCUAUUCUUUCUUUGUUCUUUCUGUUAUAAUACUUUAAUUGUACAUCUGACAAUACUGCCUCUUUUGUGUUUUACUUAGAACUUAAUAUACUUGUAAAAUUAAGAUUUAUUAGCCAAACUUGAAUUCUAGUUUUAAAACUGACUGUGAAUUUUAUUUUUCAUAUAUUUAUGCAUUACACACCUUAGCUAUAAGAAAAAAGAGGUUUUGAUUACAUGCUUCUUGCAGUUAAAUCUCCUGUUAUUUAAAAAGUUUCAGGUCUGUCUUUGGAGUAUUUAUAACUUCUGAUUUUGGAUGACUAAAUUAGGAACUAGGAUUUUUUUUUUUUUUUUUUGGUUUGUUUGCCUAAAAAAAAAAAAAAUUAAAUCCACAAUCUGUCUCUUGGGAGAGGGAGGUGCCUUGCUAACUUUCAUAUUAAGAAUGUGCCUGAGGCUGCCUUACUCUGGAAGUCUCAGAUCUAAAAUUUCCUCUGCAUAAAGUGGCAUAUAGAAGUAAGUUUGGCUUAAUUGGAACAUUUAAGAUGCUAUAUAAGUGUUGCCAUUCUAUUAGACUGCUAAUUAUAUACCCAUCUCUGAUUUGACUUCUGUUUAAGUGAUAAGACUUGUUCCAAAGUGAUAAAUUUGACAAUACUAGGAUCUGAAUUUUACUUGAAAUUCUGAAGAAUACCCAGAUGGAGUGAAAAAAAAAAUUUAAAGGGUUUUGUGCAAUGACUAAAAGGUAAAAAAAAAACGCUGUUAAAAUUUGAGAAUAAGUACUUUUCAACCCAAGUAACCUUCUGCUUGACUGUAUAUAAUGGAAUAGUAAACCUUAGGAUUCUCAAAUUGGAGUCUAAACUUUCAGGGAGGUACACUCCCAGGAUGGUACCAUUUGCUCUUUCCUAGCUAAUCCUAGAUAUGGCAGCUCUUUAAUGUACUUUAAAAAAGCAAAUAUAUAUUACUAAGGAAAAAAAAGUUAUUUAUAAUUGCCUUGUCAUAAUUAUUAAGGUGUUCUAGAGCCAUUUGCAUACAAUUUAAUGUAAUUUCAUUCCAUUCUAUUGUUUACACAACGAUUAUUCAAAGAUGACUGCAAAGGUAAAAGGAAAAUAAAAGUGUAUUGCACAAAGA